AUGUCCUUCAAGGAUACUUUGAUCCAAGAGGAUGGUUUCGGAUUUGUACCACGUGGAACCGAAUCAUCAAAAUCACGCGAGAUUGUCAGGAGAUACACUUUGACAAAUAAAAACGAGGGAAUUGUUCGUUUGAUAUCUUGGGGUGCUAGUAUUCAAUCGAUCAAAAUUCCUAAUCGAGAUGGGAAACUGGCUGACGUUGUUUUAGGAUUUGAUGAUCUGGAUGGAUAUUUAAAGAACAGAUAUAUGGGAAGCAUCGUCGGCCGCGUUGCCGAUCAUAUUUCAACGCACUGCGACAACCAAAUUGAUCCUCCGACGAUUAACAAAACUCAAAAGGAUCGUCUCAAUGAUGACGCGAUCGCGUUCGACAAUGUUAAUUGGCAUUCGCAGAUAGUGAACAAUCAAGUGGUGAUGUCGCAUUUGAGUCGAGCCGACUAUCCUGGCGAUGUGUUAACGCAAAUUAAGUACACCUGGACGGAUGAUAAUCAGCUUCACAUUAAUAUUCGCGCCACCAGCACAAAAUCCACCCCCAUCAAUAUCACGAAUUUCUGUUUAUUCAAUCUCGCCGGACAUGGCACGGGUUCGAAGGAAUUGAAAAAACAUGUCCUCAUCAUAAAUGCCGACAGUUGGAUUUUCACGGACGUUGAGAAUCACUUGCCAAUCGGUAUUAUAUCUCCGGUCGAUUGUACCUCCCUCGAAUUGCGUUUACCAGUUCAGUUGAAUCAACGUCGAUUAUUCGACGUACCGGGUGGCGGUUACAAUCACAAUCUGCUCAUUAAUAGUCCCAGUUGCUGGUGCUAUCGUUUUCACGCACGAAUUUUGCAUCCCACUUCCGGACGAUUUUUGGAGGUCUACUCGAAUCAUCCUGGAUUGAGGGUCUACACGGGUAAUGAGUUGCCGAAUUCCGAAUAUGUUUACCCUUCUGAUUUAAAGGAUCAGGAACGGGGAGACCAGGAUACGCAAAUUGAUCCUUUAGAAACAGUAAGACUGAACCGAACGAUGAAGAAAGUCGCGAAGAGGGAAGCGAUGGAAAUUUAUGGUAAAGAAGGCAUCCCCUACCGUCGUCAUGAUGGUUUUUCUUUAUCACCCCAAAAUUAUCCUAACAUUAUUAAUGUCAAAUCUUUUCCGUCCUGCAUGUUGUAUCCUGGAAAAAUUUAUGUGCACGACAUGACUUACAAGUUCGGAGUGCUUUCUAAAGAUUGA